AUGAAAGCAAAUACCAAAGCCCCUUGCUCAGACCAACAAGCAGUCAGUGGCUGGGCUGACCACGGACUCCCGGAAGGUAAACACGGCGCCGAGGGCGGGGCGGAGGGCGGGCUAGCGCAGCCUGAUUGGCAACUAAAAGUGAUUGACAGCUGCCACGUCCACGUGCUUUUAGCUUCGAAUCAGCUGUCGCGAGAGUUCGAUCCCCCGCGGAUUGGAUGGAUUCCGAAGGCGGGUCCGCCUCUCUCCUACUUGUUGGUUGGCGAAGCUGACCUCCAAGGGCGGUGCCGCGCCGGGGCCAGUUUGCUCCUGGGAUUGGCUGGCGCGGUGGUUCCGCCGAGGCGGGGUCUUAGGAACGAAACCAUGGCUACAGAUUCCCCUAGAAGGCCCAGUCGGUGUACCGGUGGGGUUGUGGUUCGACCUCAGGCUGUCACGGAGCAGUCCUACAUGGAAAGCGUCGUGACUUUUCUGCAGGAUGUCGUGCCACAGGCUUACAGCGGGACUCCCCUAACAGAAGAAAAGGAGAAAAUAGUCUGGGUCCGAUUUGAGAAUGCGGAUCUGAACGAUACGUCACGGAAUCUAGAAUUUCAUGAACUGCAUAGCACUGGAAAUGAGCCCCCUCUGCUGGUUAUGAUCGGCUACAGUGACGGAAUGCAGGUCUGGGGCAUCCCUAUCAGCGGGGAGGCCCAGGAGCUCUUCUCUGUACGACAUGGCCCAGUCCGUGCAGCUAGAAUCUUGCCUGCUCCACAGUUGGGUGCUCAAAAGUGUGAUAACUUUGCUGAGAAAAGACCCCUUCUUGGUGUUUGUAAGAGCAUUGGAUCUUCGGGUACGACACCACCAUACUGCUGUGUGGAUCUGUAUUCACUUCGUACUGGGGAAAUGGUCAAGUCUAUCCAGUUUAAAACACCCAUUUAUGAUCUUCACUGCAAUAAGCGGAUCCUCGUCGUAGUCUUGCAGGAGAAAAUCGCUGCCUUUGAUAGCUGUACUUUCACAAAAAAAUUUUUUGUCACAAGUUGUUAUCCUUGUCCUGGGCCAAAUAUGAAUCCCAUUGCCCUUGGGAGCCGCUGGCUUGCUUAUGCAGAAAAUAAGUUGAUCCGAUGUCACCAGUCUCGUGGCGGAGCCUGUGGAGACAACAUUCAGUCCUACACGGCCACAGUCAUUAGUGCUGCUAAAACAUUGAAAAGUGGCCUGACGAUGGUUGGAAAAGUGGUGACUCAGCUGACAGGCACGCUUCCCUCAGGGGGGACAGAAGAUGAUGUUGCCAUACACAGCAACUCAAGACGUAGCCCCUUGGUACCAGGCAUCAUCACAGUCAUAGACACUGAAACAGUUGGAGAGGGCCAGGUGCUUCUGAGUGAGGACUCAGACAGUGAUGGCGUUGUUGCUCACUUCCCUGCCCAUGAGAAGCCAGUGUGCUGUAUGGCUUUCAAUACUAGUGGAAUGCUUUUAGUCACAACAGACACUCUUGGCCAUGACUUCCAUGUCUUCCAAAUUCUGACUCAUCCUUGGUCAUCAUCACAAAGUGCUGUCCAUCAUCUGUACACUCUUCACAGGGGAGAAACCGAAGCCAAAAGCGAGGACGCGCCGUCACACCCUGGAGUGCAACACGUCUAUUUGCUGUGGGCUUUUCAGAGGAACUUUCAUGUCACUAGCCUCUUGAGCUGCCUCAUCGCAGAUCUUCCUGUGAGAGCUUUCAGUGAAGUGCCUUAUCUCUUUGGAGCGGGGUGUUUUUCCAUAAAAGCUCCAUGCAAAGUCAAGCCACCUCCACAAAUUUCACCGAGCAAGUCGAUGGGUGGCGAGUUUUGCGUGGCAGCAACGUUUGGGACCUCUAGGUCGUGGUUUGCAAACAACGCGGGUCUGAAACGGGAAAAAGAUCAGUCCAAACAAGUUGUUGUUGAAUCUCUUUACAUCAUCAGUUGCCACGGGACCUUAGUGGAACACAUGAUUGAGCCCCGGCCAAUCAGUACUGCUCCCAAGAUAAGUGACGACACACUACUGGAGAUGAUGACGUCACCCCGCGCCAGCUGGACACUUGUUAGAACGCCUCAGUGGAAUGAACUGCAGCCUCCAUUCAAUGCGAAUCACCCUCUCCUCCUGGCCGCAGAAGCAGUGCAGUAUUACCAGCUCCUGCUGGCUGGCUCACUUCCUCCUGGAAGUCCCGGCCCCAUUACUCGACACGGGUCCUAUGACAGUUUAGCCUCUGACCACAGUGGACAGGAAGAUGAAGAAUGGCUUUCCCAGGUUGAAAUUGUGACACACACUGGACCCCACAGACGCCUGUGGAUGGGGCCACAGUUCCAGUUCAAAACCAUCCAUCCGUCAGGCCAGACCACAGUCAUAUCGUCCAGUUCUUCUGUGUUGCAGUCUCAUGGACCGAGUGACACACCGCAGCCACUUUUGGAUUUUGAUACAGACGAUCUAGACCUCAACAGUCUCAGGAUCCAGCCUGUCCGAUCUGACCCAGUCAGCAUGCCAGGGUCAUCCCGUCCAGUGCCUGAUCGAAGGGGAGUUUCCACAGUGAUUGAUGCUGCCUCAGGUACCUUUGACCGGAGUGUGACCCUGCUGGAGGUGUGUGGGAGUUGGCCUGAGGGCUUCGGGCUGCGGCAUAUGUCCUCCAUGGAGCACACAGAGGAGGGCCUCCGAGAACGGCUUGCUGAUGCCAUGGCCGAGUCUCCAAGCCGAGACGUUGUAGGAUCUGGAACAGACACAGCCCUUGACGUAGCAGUAAAAAACAGCAUCCCCGAGAGGCACAUGGCUAUGAAGUGUUUGGAACUUCAGCGAGAGGGAAGCAUCGAGACUCUGAGUAACAGCUCAGGCUCCACCAGCGGCAGCAUCCCGAGAAACUUCGAUGGCUACCGGUCUCCGCUCCCUACCAACGAGGGCCAGCCCCUCAGCCUCUUCCCCACUGGCUUCCCAUAGGCACCAGCCGCCUGCUGCUGACUGGCCGGCCUGCUUACCCUCUAGAAAGGCUGGGAGAAGCACGCCCCUGCCCCUCCUCCCCCAGCACGCCUCUGGUCCUCCUACCCUUCUCAGUCUCAGCUCCUCUUUCAUCAAUCCCACCUUCCCUAAGCUUAGUGACAACAGAUACUCAUCCUGACUGGAAGAGAAGAGACCUCCAGAACACCUCGGCACUCUCUGCCACUCCUGUCAGUGGGGGCUGUGGCCAAAAGAGACUGCGGAAACUCAGCCCCUUCUCUCUGCACGUGAUGCCCUGCAUCGGAUCCGCUUUUGUAUUUUCUAACGGUACCCACAGGGGGGCUGGAACAGUGGCCAGAUCUUAGGGCCCUGGGUGGAGAGUUGAGUGUUCCAACCAGGCAUUGUGGUGGAUGCCAGCCCUAGCCCACUUCAGGCUGCGAGGCACACUGCUGCCAGAUGUCCUUGCUCCGUUCCCUCCAAGAUGGGAGUGAGCCGAGGCCCAGAGUGAUGCGGAAGGAAGAAGGAAAAGAGGCCUCCCCUUGCCCCUUGCUUCCCCAUUGGCUCAUGGGGAGAAUUUGUCUGUCUUAUCUUUAAGCCCUUGUGCCCUGGCCCUGUACUGCUCAGUGAAGGAAACUGCGGUUACUGAGGCCAUGUCAAAAAGCGCACGUCUUGUCCAAUAAAUCACGCUGCAAUUGG